AUGUCGUUACCACGUUCUGUUUGUCGACCGAGUGACCUGCAGAUCGACUCUACAGGAUCAAUAGCGCAUGGCAACCAGAAUGAAAUGGAAGAUAUUGACUCAGCUAAAAUCAAACCUUGCGCUGAAGAUCAAAUUGAAAAGACAAAUAUAGACAGCAACGAACUGUACCCGGUUCAAAGAGAGACUGACGCGAAAGAUGACGCUCCCUACUGUUCUCUUUCCGAGCGCAGAAAGAUCUCGGUGAUGCUGACAGCAUCAUUCUCUGGCAUAAUAUCCCCAAUAUCCGCCAGUAUCUAUUAUCCAGCCCUUCCCUCCCUUGCAAAGGACAUGCAUGUUUCUAUCUCCUUGAUUAACUUAACCAUCACGACAUAUCUGAUACUACAAGGAAUUUCUCCCUCUUUCACCGGAUCCUUUUCGGACGUCUAUGGACGACGGAUCGCCUAUAUUUUCUGUUUCACCACAUACAUCGGGGCAAAUAUUGGCCUGGCAUUACAGUCUGAUUACGCAGCAUUAAUGGUCUUGCGAUGUGUCCAGGCGGCUGGUAGCAGCGGAACAAUUGCUAUUGGAAGUGCCGUGGUUGCAGAUAUAUCGACACGAGCUGAGCGAGGCAGAUACAUCGCAUAUGCGACUAUGGGGACGACAUUGGGACCGGCCGUGGGACCCGUCAUUGGAGGGCUCCUGGAUCACUUUCUCGGCUGGAGAUGGGUCUUUUGGUUUCUUGUCAUCUUGGGUGGCUUCAAUUUUGCCCUUAUUCUCGUGACGUGUCCGGAAACGUGCCGUGCAGUGGUGGGAAACGGUUCAAUACCUCCUGCCAAAUGGAAUCGGCCUUUGUGGGCGAUGCUGAAAGAAUCACUAAGACCUCAGAGCCAUCAAGUAGAAAAGAGGGUCGAUUAUGAAACUCUAGAAAAGAGCAAAACGCGCCCGAAUCCACUGACAUCAGUGCGUAUCACUCUGGAAAAAGAAGGUGGCCUGAUUCUCAUCUAUGGGGCACUGCUAUAUGCCGGUUACAUGAUUAUUCUGAGCACCCUGACCUCGCAGCUGGAGAGCGAGUACGGAUUCAACUCCAUCCAGGUGGGAUUAUGCUACUUACCACUAGGAGUCGGAAGUAUGACAUCCCGUUGGUCCGCAGGGCCUCUGCUGGAUUGGAAUUUCAAACGGGAAGCCAAGAUCCAAAAUCUACCUAUAGUCAAGAAUCGUCAACAGGACAUCCGGGACUUCAAUAUUGAAAAAGCUCGUUUAACCAUUACUGUCCCUUUCGUGUAUGCUGCUUGCUUGUUCCUCCUUGCAUACGGGUGGGUUAUGAGAUAUCAAACUCACCUGGCGGUUCCGUUGGUGUUGUUGUUCUUCUCCGGCCAUCUUACCACGGGUGCUUUUUCGACCCUUAGCACGCUGAUCGUUGAUAUUCAUCGCCAAAGUGCGGCAACCGCCGUGGCUGCGAACAACUUGUUUCGCUGCUUGCUUGCAGCUGGUGCGACGGCUUUUGCUACACCCCUGAUCGAUCGUAUUGGCAUUGGCUGGACGACUACGUUCAUUGUAGGUGUCUGGUUUGUCUUCAGUGUGCUUCUGUGGGCGGUCUAUUUCCGGGGACAUACAUGGAGAGAAGAGUUGCGUGUUAAACGAAGUGAGGGAGAUGGUAUUCCAGCAUAG